AUGAACGCACCAACGCCAACGCCAGCGCCAGAGACUCGGCCGCAUCCAUUACCCUCGACACCAGGCUCCACCAAUACGAUGGCACAUCUCAUCGAGUCGCACCAACAGCAUCUCGACAGCCAAGUGCCUGCCUCACAAGUACCUCUAGACACCUUCCCCUGGCACCGCCUACCACGCGAGAUUCGGAACAAAAUUCAUUCGUUGCUACGCGAGCACACGUCGUUUGAACAGCGGCACAAGCGUCGGGGAAUCCCGCCGUAUCGGGGUACGCCCCGCGUCAGGCCUUUGCAAUUCUCGCCAGGUCCGACUACCGCAAUGCUGCUUGUGAACAAAGAGUUCCGAAGUCAUUACCAACGGGAGGUGGAUUUCCAUGCAGACACUGUUGAGUACAAGUGGCACCCGGGCAAUCGCCUGGACAUGAAGUCUUUUGAUGUGCCGCAACGUUUGGACCACAUUCACACAUUGGUGUUGACUGAGCGAGCUGUCGACAGAUGGAUCAAUAUGUCCUCCCAGGGCAGGCGGGAUAUCGAAAUGCUUUUAUCUAUGCUGCCACAACUCAAGCACGUCGUGUUCCAUCUCCGUUUCAAGGUCCCUGGACGUAAUCGUGUCACGAGUCCAGUUACAGUCCCCCAAGGCAUUGGCGCUCUCGCUGCUGCUCGCAUUCCGGGCGAGCACGCCUCACUCACAAUCCAAACUGAGGUCUCGAUUCGCGAUCAGCGCUACUCACCAUACCAGUUGCCUGGUUGGGAGUCGGGUUGGUGGUGGGCAGGCRUGAACAGAGCGGCCAACAAGAACUGGAUCGAGUACCGAGGUGAUGUCACGAGCAAUCAAGACGCGAAGGCAUGGUACGGCUUGGACUUGGAAGUGGUGUCUUGCGGCGAAUUCACAGAGGAAGAUUUUCAGGCGAUCAAGCGCCGGGCUGCACGGGAGCAAGAAUAUGCCCUCAAGCGUCGGGCUCGCAUACUCGCUGAAAAGGCUCAUUCUUGA